GCUCCGGUCUCGCAGCGCCGAUGGCAUCUCCUGGCUCCGGCUUUUGGUCCUUUGGGUCUGAAGACGGCUCCGGGGAUCCUGAGAAUCCGGGCACAGCGAGAGCCUGGUGUCAGGUAGCCCAGAAGUUCACCGGCGGCAUUGGGAACAAACUGUGCGCCCUGCUCUACGGAGACGCGGAGAAGCCGGCGGAGAGCGGCGGGAGCGAGCCCCCGCGGGCCACCUCGCGGAAGGCCGCCUGCGCCUGCGACCAGAAGCCGUGCAGCUGCCCCAAAGCGGACGUCAACUAUGCUUUUCUGCACGCAACAGACCUGCUGCCAGCGUGUGACGGGGAAGGGCCCACUUUGGCAUUUCUGCAAAAUGUUAUGGACAUUCUGCUUCAAUAUGUGGUGAAAAGUUUUGAUAGAUCAACCAAAGUGAUUGAUUUCCAUUACCCUAACGAGCUUCUUCAACAGUAUAACUGGGAAUUGGCAGACCAGCCACAAAAUUUGGAGGAAAUUUUGAUGCAUUGCCAAACAACUCUAAAAUAUGCAAUUAAGACAGGGCAUCCCAGAUAUUUCAAUCAACUUUCCACUGGACUGGAUAUGGUUGGAUUAGCAGCGGACUGGCUGACAUCAACAGCAAAUACUAACAUGUUCACCUAUGAAAUUGCUCCUGUAUUUGUGCUUUUGGAAUAUGUCACACUAAAGAAAAUGAGAGAAAUCAUUGGCUGGCCAGGGGGCUCCGGUGAUGGAAUCUUUUCUCCCGGUGGUGCCAUAUCGAACAUGUACGCCAUGCUGAUCGCCCGCUUUAAGAUGUUCCCAGAAGUGAAGGAAAAAGGAAUGGCUGCUGUCCCCAGGCUCAUUGCCUUCACCUCUGAGCAUAGUCAUUUUUCACUCAAGAAGGGCGCUGCAGCCUUGGGGAUUGGAACAGACAGCGUGAUCCUGAUUAAGUGUGAUGAGAGGGGAAAAAUGAUCCCAUCUGAUCUUGAAAGAAGGAUCCUUGAAGUCAAACAAAAAGGAUUUGUUCCUUUCCUUGUAAGUGCCACAGCUGGGACCACCGUGUAUGGAGCCUUUGAUCCCCUCUUAGCUGUCGCUGACAUUUGCAAAAAGUAUAAGAUCUGGAUGCAUGUGGAUGCAGCCUGGGGUGGAGGAUUACUGAUGUCCCGGAAACACAAGUGGAAAUUGAGCGGCGUGGAGAGGGCCAACUCUGUGACAUGGAACCCACACAAGAUGAUGGGUGUCCCUCUGCAGUGCUCCGCUCUCCUGGUUAGAGAAGAGGGAUUGAUGCAGAGCUGCAACCAGAUGCAUGCCUCCUACCUCUUCCAGCAAGAUAAACACUACGACCUGUCCUAUGACACUGGAGACAAGGCCUUACAGUGCGGGCGCCAUGUUGAUGUUUUUAAAUUAUGGCUUAUGUGGAGGGCAAAGGGGACCAUUGGGUUUGAAGCACAUAUUGACAAGUGUCUGGAGCUGGCGGAAUAUUUGUACAAUAUCAUAAAAAACCGAGAUGGUUAUGAAAUGGUAUUUGAUGGAAAGCCUCAGCACACAAAUGUCUGCUUCUGGUAUGUGCCUCCCAGCUUGCGUGUCCUGGAAGACAAUGAAAAGAGAAUGAGUCGCCUGUCCAAGGUGGCUCCAGUGAUUAAAGCCAGAAUGAUGGAGUACGGGACCACAAUGGUCAGCUACCAGCCCCUUGGAGACAAGGUCAAUUUCUUCCGCAUGGUCAUCUCAAAUCCCGCAGCAACUCACCAAGACAUUGACUUCCUGAUUGAAGAAAUAGAACGCCUAGGACAAGAUUUAUAAUAACCUAAGCUGUUUCAA